AUGCCUACCGACCAAACUUUCCCUGAAUACCACAAUCCCCCUGCUGGGGUACCGCUGUCCGAAGAUAAUCGCAGAACACGCAAUCUUCCAACUGAAGACGGAUUCGCAGACGCUGCAUUGUCUCCCGUUCAGAGAAAACCUGUUACUAGGCCAGGGCCGGGACCAAAAGGAAUGGCCGAGGCUGGAAUCGUCACACAGAGGGUCCGGGCUUCCAAGCUGGAAUACAAGACUGUGGAGGAGAUAUGGAACGAAAGGGAGCAGCGGUACAAGAUAUCAGGAGCAGUAGAGGUCCCAAAGGUCUCUAAGUUAGAUGAGUACCUAUUCGUGGUCCGCUCUCGAACCUAUUUACACGCCACUCAGCCAACGGUGUAUAUCGAUAUCAAAUCGGAGCAUUUGCGGGAUAUACUUAGGUGUUUACUCGAAGGCGUUAGAGCAGUAAAACUUGACGGGGAUAUGCCCUCAGUCAAUCGCGAUCUACUGUUCAACCUUCUUCCUAGGCUAGAGGGCCCAGGAGCUGAAGCGCCCAAAGCUAGAGAAUCCUCUGCUAAUGCGGUUCAACAUUUAAAUAUACUAGUCGACCACAUCAAAGCUGCCUACAGAGAGACCGAAAACCGUCUCCAGUCACUCGUUUCAAGGGGCGAAAUCACGUAUGACUUACUCUGGGCACUCUUUAAACCGGAUGAGGGGGUAUAUACGCUACAUCCUGGGACCGACGCGCCAAUGGCGUUUAUAUUCAACUCAGCAAUGGAAAAAAAGGGCCAGGAUAUACCAUACUUUGGCAUGGAUGGCCACUGCUUUGACUUUCACGGCAUUGGUUUUGGCCAGACAAGGAUUGUCGUCUGUAUCGCUCGCUUUUCUGGGGUAGUGCGUAUCUCUGAUCUUAGGGUUUUCCCUCUCCAAUACCAUCCUGAAAAGGAAAAGGUGAAGUCGCGACUUCGAGUGAAUGGAAAGAAGUUUAUAGACAUGAUGUCCGGUAGACACUGCUACUACAAAGGCAUAGCCCACAUCGAAUUGGAAAGGGCAAAAAUAUAUCGGUUGGGGGUUGAUGGGAGGAUCAUGGUUGACCCUCAUAGGUUCCGACAGGUUAAUCCAAACUAUCCUAAGCUACGGGAGACAAAUUGGCUCAAGUGUUCUGGAAAGAAAACGAGCGACCUGUCGGAGGACGAUCUUCUCUUUUUUGCGCCUACUCUAUUUGGGUUCAGUUUCAAGGAUAAGUUCUGGGGAGAGUUUGCGAUCGACAAUACCAGCGAAGUUACAUGGUCAGAGGCGUCGUUUGAUCAAGUAGUUAUCCCUCAGGGGCGGAAGGAGAUAAUACUUACUAUCACCGACCGCUAUUUAGCUACUACACGGGGAGAGGAAGAGGUUCGACCCGACGAUUUGAUCUUACACAAAGGGAGAGGAAAAGUUAUGCUUCUUUCCGGGCCCCCGGGAGUCGGCAAAACCUUAACCGUGGAAGCCUUGGCAGAAAGCAAGCAGCGGCCCCUCUAUGCGAUAUCUAUGGGGCAAUUAUCUUCCGAUGCGGCCGAUCUAGAUAUUCAACUCCGUGAAAUUUUCGAAACAGCGGCGCGCUGGGGAGCCAUCCUCCUAUUUGAUGAAGCGGAUGUCUAUCUAGCACGACGGUCACCAGAAAAUAUCGAACGUAGCCGCCUUAUAGCCGCUUUUCUUCAAACGCUCGAGUAUUUCGACGGAGUCAUAUUCCUAACCACCAAUCAGGAGCAGAGCUUUGAUCCAGCUAUUUUGAGCCGAAUUCAUCUAACUUUCACCUAUGAGAAACUCAAUCGUGACGCUAGGCGAAAGAUAUGGCAGUUCUUUAUAAUAAAUGCUGGUGGCACCAGUAUCAACAAAGUCGAGCUUGACUCCCUGGCCACGGUAAACAUAGACGGGCGACAGAUUAGAAAUACAAUGUCAAUUGCGCGUGAUCUGGCAGCGAAGGAUGGAGAUCUGCAGUUUUCACACAUUAAAUCGGCACUUUCCACCUGUUCGAUUAGCGUUCUGGAGCCAGGCUUCACUGCUGUAGGCCAUGGCUUAUACGAUUAG